UACACUGAUUAGGGAUACGGGUCAACACUCUGUAUUAUUUUUAUUUAUUUUUUUCGUGAAGAGAGAGAAACACUUUUAGAGAGAGAGAGAGAGAGAGAGAAAGAGAGGAGUGAGGCGAAAGAAAAGAGGAUACGAAGGAAUAAACCCCCCAUGGCUCCUCAAUGAAAUCCGUAUAUAUAUAUAUAAAAAUAUAUAUGUAUAUCUACCACCAGUAUCAUUUUCUGGAAUUGGUAAUACUAUGAAGAAUAAAAUAUUUCGUUUCAGACUCUUCUUAAAUCUGCAUCUACUUCGUAUAAAUCCGCGCCCGCUGAUGAUGAAAAAGUUUCACUCCACGUAAACUGAAUAAGCCGCUGCGUCCAAUUUGGGAACAAGCCAAACGCCUCCUGAUUGUUUUAUUUUUUUUGGAAAUUCUGCGUCAAUUUCAAUGGCGAUGGAAGAUAACGAGAGCUGUGGAAGUAGACGAGUGGAUUCGCCGUCGGCGGCGGCGGCGACGAAGAGCCUGCGGCAGCGGAAGAAAGUCGAGGUUUACAAUGAGGUUUUGCGGCGGCUCAAGGAAGCCGACCACGCCGAAGCUCGGGAGGCGGAUUUCGACGAUCAGCUUUGGGCGCAUUUCAAUCGCCUUCCUUCCAGGUAUGCGAUGGAUGUGAACUUGGAGAGGGCAGAAGAUGUUCUGAAGCACAAGAGACUACUUCAUCUGGCGUGCGAUCCGGCUAAUAGGCCGGCAUUGGAUGUCAGGCUUGUGCAGGUUGUACCUAUCUCAGAUGGAGAUUCAGUUCAUUCGUAUUCUCCAAGAAGAGGAAGCACCCAUCCACCACCUGCAUUUGGUUCUUCUCCUAAUCUUGAAGCCCUUGCACUUAAUGCAAUCAAGUCUGAAGCAGAAGACGGGGACAUUGAUUUAAAUGAUGGUGUCAGGUUUCCAAGGCCAAUGCAUGAGAUUACUUUCUCAACAAUUGACAAGCCAAAGCUCCUCAGCCAGCUGACUUCUUUAUUAUCGGAAGUUGGACUGAACAUCCAAGAAGCACACGCCUUUUCCACUGUGGAUGGCUAUUCCCUUGAUGUCUUUGUUGUUGAUGGUUGGCCACAUGAGGAGGUUGACCAACUUCGGACUGAACUUGAACGACAAGUUUUGAAGGCUGAGAAAAAAUCAUGGCCAAGUCAACAUUCCAUGCCUCGUCUGAGUGAAAAAGAGAAAAUAGAGAUUAAGUGUGAAUUUGAUCAUUUGGCAAUACCCAAUGAUGGUACUGAUGUUUGGGAAAUUGAUCCUCAAUCUUUGAAAUUUGAGUCCAAAGUAGCAUCGGGAUCAUAUGGUGAUUUGUACAAAGGUACUUACUGUAGUCAGGACGUAGCAAUUAAAAUUCUCAAGACGGAGCGCUUGAAUACUGAACUUCAGAAGGAGUUUGCCCAAGAAGUAUAUAUAAUGAGGUUCGUCUUCAUUAAUUUGCUUUUCCAUGAUUUUUUUUGUAAACCCAAGUUCAUACUUGGUUGGUAUUAUUUUGAAUUUAACGCAUUGUUUUCUUCCUUCUUGGGUUUAUUUGUUACAUGUAGAAAAAUCAGGCACAAAAAUGUCAUCCAAUUCAUUGGAGCAUGCACCAAACCUCCAAACUUGUGCAUAGUGACAGAAUUCAUGUCUGGAGGGAGUGUUUACGACUAUUUACACAAGCAAAAGGGUAGUUUUAAGCUUCCGGGUUUACUUAAAGUAGCAAUUGAUAUAUCAAAGGGAAUGAACUAUUUGCACCAGAAUAAUAUAAUUCACCGAGACUUGAAGGCUGCAAAUCUUUUGAUGGAUGAAAAUGAGGUUGUUAAGGUAGGUGAUUUCGGAGUGGCCAGAGUGAAAGCACAAACAGGUGUGAUGACAGCCGAAACUGGAACAUAUAGAUGGAUGGCGCCCGAGGUUAUAGAGCAUAAACCCUAUGAUCACAAGGCUGACAUUUUUAGUUUUGGGGUGGUUUUAUGGGAAUUACUGACGGGAAAGCUUCCAUACGACUACUUGACCCCUUUACAAGCAGCUGUUGGAGUGGUCCAAAAGGGUCUCCGGCCAACUAUUCCAAAAAACACGCAUCCAAAGCUUUCUGAUCUGCUUGAGAAAUGCUGGCAGAAAGAUCCAUCUUUGAGACCCGACUUUUCUCAAGUUACAGAAAUCUUACAGAAAAUAUCCAAGGAGGUUGGAGAUGAUGGAGAAGGAAGAAAGGAGAAAUCUGGGGGAUUUUUUUCUGCCUUGAGACGUGGACAUCACUAAGGACAGAAAAACUUGUUCGAUAAAUCGACAUGCAUAUUUAUUCCGCUCCAAUUUUGUUUCGUUUAUCCCCCUUUUGCUGUUUGCAUUGUACAUUACCUGUCUCCUGUAUUUUAUUUGAGUUAAUGUCUACUUUUAGAUUUUGCCUACUUUUCCAACAUUUCUUCAUCUGUUUUUCUCCUUUUCUUUGUCAAAUGUUUCUUGUAAACAGUCUUUCUCUGAACAGUGUAACGUUUAUAAAAUGUUUUUUUUUUU